GAUGAUUGUACUCUCGUCGACCAUUACUCUUGGCCUCUACUGUUGAGUCUGCAAAUCAUCUUACAAGGUCAAGAACUACUUUCGAACUCCUGCCAGUCGCCUGCCCGCUCUCCAUCCAUCUGAAUACUCCCAUCUUUCCAUCUCUUAUCUCCGAGAGAAACCAUGGAGUUCGCGAGUCCUCUUUCACUACUUGUCAAAUGUUUAUGGGGUUUGGCCAGGAAACCGUUGGGCUCCAUUUAUAGUCGGAAAGAUAAUGUCGACCUGUUGCGAAAAGAAACUGAAGACCUGAAGGCCAAGAGCGAAGAUGUGAAAGCAAGGGUGGAACGUGAAGAACGAGGAGGAGGUGUGCAGCGCACGAAACAAGUAGAGAAAUGGUUAGACGAGGUGCAAGAAUUUGUAGGCGGAGUAGAUCAACUUCUUGGGGAAGUCAGGGAACGUGACCAAAUCAAAUGUCUCGGUCGUUGUCUUUCACGGAACUGCAGAUCGAGUUAUCGAUUGGGGAAAAGAGUCGAACAAAUGCUCAAUGAAGCGAGGGAGCUCCAAACAAAGGAAGGGAAAUUCGGCAUUCUGACGUCGCCGUUGCCUCCUCCUCCAGUACUCGAGAUGCCUAUGGAUGAGACUGUGGGGCUCGACAUUUUCCUUAAUAAAGUGUGGAAAUGGCUCCUGGACGAAAAACAAGUACGAGUGAUUGGCUUAUACGGAACAGGCGGUGUGGGAAAGACCACCCUUAUGAAAAGGAUCAACGAGAAGCUUGCUCGUGCAAAUCAUGGAUUCGAGAUUGUUAUUUGGGUGGUGGUGUCCAGGCAAGUGAACGAAGAUAGCAUUCGAGAUGCCCUAAGGAAAAGGCUGCACUUUCAAGAUGAGAGCUGGAACCGAUGGUCCCCGGAUGAGAGAGUCCAUCAUCUGUGCCAUGUUUUGACCCAAAAGAAGUUUGUGCUGUUCGUUGAUGAUGUAUGGCAGAGGCUGGACCUUUCGAAUAUCGGAGUUCCUCUUCCUAGUGUCAAGAACGGAUCCAAAGUAGUGUUCACAACUCGGUUGAAGCAUGUAUGCGACCAAAUGGGAGCCAACAAAACCUUGGAAGUUGAGUGCUUGAUGCCCGAAGAAGCUCUAAAAUUAUUUGAAAAGAACGUCGGCAAAUCGCUUGUAGAUUGUCAUCAAGAAAUUCGAGACCUUGCAAAUGACAUUGCCGAAGAGUGCAAAGGGUUGCCACUAGCGCUUAUUACUGUCGGGCAAGCCAUGGCCAGAAAAGAAAAUUCCCGUGAGUGGAGGCACGCGCUAACAACGCUGAGGAACAAUCCGCACAAGCUGUCAGGUAUGGUGGAGGAAGUGUACCAUAUACUAGAGUUCAGUUAUAAUAGCUUAAAUGAUACCACCCUUCAGCUUUGCUUCCUUUACUGUUGUCUCUUCCCUGAGCAUUACCCCAUAAGACCAGACGAGCUUAUUGAACUCUGGAUCGGAGAGGGCUUGCUAGGAGACACCGAUGAUGUAUACAGCUUGCGAGAUAAGGGAGAGUAUGUCUUGGGGAGUUUAAACACGGCUUGUCUAUUGGAAAAUGGGCAUGGUUUUAGUGAGGGACAAUAUGUGAAGAUGCAUGAUGUCAUCCGCGACAUGGCGACCUGGAUCGCUCGUGACCGCGGGCAAAAAGAGAACAAGUUGCUAGUGAUAGAGAAUGAAGAGGACAUGUCCGUGGAGAUGAUCUCCAAACGGGGGGAAGCGGAGAAAGUAUCUCUAUGGGGAAAACGGAUUCGGAAUAUUGACCGAACACUACCCAGAUGUUCCCAGCUGGAAACUUUGUUUGUGAGGGAGACUAAUGUGUGGCUCGUGCCAAGAGGAUUUUUCAACUCGAUGAUGGCUUGUUUGACAUUCCUUAACCUGUCCGGGAAUAGAAAUAUGCAGUCAUUCCCCGAAGGGAUUUGCAAUCUGAUUAAUCUACGGUACUUGAAUAUGUCAGCCACCGGUAUCAGUAAGUUGCCCAGGGAAAUCAAGAACUUGACACAUUUACGGUGGUUGCUACUGGACGAAAUAUUCAAGGACAACCUAGUUCCGACCGGGGCAAUCACAAGCUUACCAUUGAAUGUGUUCAGCAAGUGGACUGGGACGGGAUCGGGCCAAGUGAAGGAAGAUGAGAUGGUAGAGGAACUAGGGCAUAUGCAUCAUCUCGCCGACCUAUCUUUGGCUGUGUGCAAGUCUUCCUCUGCCUUGAACAUAUUCCAAUCCCACAAUAUACAGAGAUGCAUAAGGAGAGCGCGGAUCAUUGAUAGCAAGGACUUGACCCGCAUCCAAAUAAGUCACUCACCAACAGGCAGCGGCACUUUCUCGCAUUUAGAGGAGCUUUAUCUACAGAGAUGCUACGGGCUGAGGGAGAUGGAGAUUACACAAGGACCAGGACGAGCGCCCAACCGCUCUUGCUUCCCCAGCCUCUUUGAAGUUGAAAUCUCCAGAUGCGGGCUUUCGAACUUGUCCUGGCUCGUGCACGCUCCGAAACUAAGGAAAUUGACUGUCCAGGGGUGCAGUUCCAUGGAGAAUAUCAUCGGGCAUGGAUUUGCAUCAGAGGAAUUAGCGGCUUCAGGACUAUUCUCCCGUCUCGAACUUCUAUCCCUCUCGGAUCUUCCAAAUCUGACGAGCAUUUGCGACCAGGCUCUAUCUUUCCCUAAGGGGGUAAGCUUCCGCAUAGCCAAGUGCCAUGGCCUCAGAAAGUUGCCGCUCGACUCGAACAGCGCGAGGGAGACGAGCUUCUCGGUCUCUGGGGAAGCACACUGGUGGGCAAAGUUUGAGUGGGACGACCCCUGCACCAAGGUCACUUUGCUGGAGAAGGAAAAGGCGUUUGGAGACGCGAUCCGUGAAAUGAAAGAGAAGGCCAUGUGGGUGGCCACGAUGCAAUUCCGACCUUAGUGGGCCGAAUGAGUGAGAGGAUGAUCAGUGGAAUUAUGAUGUUUAAAAAAUGCAGAGUAAUUUAUCUAUGUUUUCAUAGUUGAUGUUAUUUUCUGCUGUUACUCCUAAAUGUCUGCAAAUAGCUUCUAUUCUAUUUGUACUUCUCU